ACGUCACUAUCGGUUUCCGGGCUACGGUCAUCUAGGCCUAUCCUCGUGUCUUGGGCCGUCGAUUCCUUUUCUGCCUUUCCUCCUCUUUUUUGCCGGGUCUUUGACGAUUAUGGCGGUCCGGGCGAGUUUCGAGAACAACAACGAGAUCGGCUGCUUCGCGAAGCUCACCAACGCCUACUGUCUGGUGGCCAUUGGAGGCUCUGAGGGCUUCUACAGUGUAUUCGAAGGGGAGCUUUCUGACACCAUUCCUGUAAUUCAUGCUUCUAUUGCUGGAUGUCGAAUCAUUGGCAGAAUGUGUGUAGGUAACAGACAUGGUUUGCUAGUCCCAAACAAUACUACAGACCAGGAACUUCAGCAUAUCAGAAACUGCCUUCCUGAUUCAGUGCGAAUCCAGAGGGUGGAAGAACGUCUUUCUGCAUUGGGCAAUGUCACUGCAUGCAAUGACUACGUAGCACUUGCCCACCCAGACAUUGACAGAGAGACAGAAGAGAUUUUAGCUGAUGUACUAAAAGUUGAAGUAUUUAGACAGACAGUGGCAGACCAAGCACUUGUGGGAAGUUACUGUGUGUUCAGCAACCAGGGCGGUUUAGUACAUCCUAAGACAUCUAUAGAAGACCAGGAUGAGCUUUCUUCAUUGUUGCAAGUCCCCCUUGUGGCUGGAACUGUUAAUCGUGGCAGUGAGGUGAUUGCAGCUGGAAUGGUUGUGAAUGAUUGGUGUGCCUUCUGUGGCCUGGAUACAACCAGCACGGAAUUAUCUGUUAUUGAGAGUGUUUUCAAACUUAAUGAAGCACAGCCAAGUGCCAUUGCUACCACUAUGAGAGAUUCUUUGAUUGACAGCUUGACAUGAUAUGCUCCAGAAACACUACAGGUGUGAACUGCCAAAUUGUGAUCUUGAUUACUCACCCGAGCAAAUUCUUCCAGUCCAAGAUGGAGGUCUCUACCACAAUCAUACUUUCAAAAUUAUAUUAUUCUAAAUUCCAUUCCCUUUGGCAAUCCAUACUUGAACAAGAAAAAAAUUAUGUAGCUUUGUUUUUGCUUUCAUUUAUUCAUGAGAUGAUGUUUAGAAUUUAGUACAUGCAAUCACAAUAAGGAAAAGAAUUAUUUUUUUCCCCAGUAUUCAUCAGAAUGCCACCUGAAGAAUGCUGAUUUUUUUUCUGUUCAGAAGUGGCUGGCGUUUCUGUGGUUUUAAUCUAGAAGUUUUCAAGAUAGCUUUUACUUAGCCAGCAAAACCAUGUUACUAUCAUGCAUCAUUCUGUACCCAGAACAUAAUAUUUUAAGGGGCUGAAAGAAUCCAUGGAACAUUUCAGCACAACCAAACAUUCAGUAAGUAAGAUUUCUAGGAGGUUGUGUAAAUAAAAUCUGGUUUGUCAAUAUGUGAAGUCACUAAAAAGCCAAAGAGAACUACAUCUGUUCUUUAAUAGAAAGUCUUUUUUUUAUCAAGAAAUAAUAGAUUUAAUUAAAACGGUUUUUUUCUGAUGCCUUCAUGCUUAUCUUUUAUGAUCAAAAUAUAUUGCUUGUCUUAAAGCCAAGGUUACAGUGUUUGUCAUUGCAUAAACAAGAACUUGCUUGUUCUCUUUUGUUAUAUUGUUAUAACAACAAAAACAAUAUAAACGUUAUAUUAUUUGGAAGGGGAAAUUUUGUGAUAGCAACACAGUCAAGUUUUAAUAAUCCUUGAAAUAAUUGGUAUGGACAUUGAGGUGGACUUGAAACAACAAGAACUGUAUCGAAUUUAAGUAAUAUGCUAGGCCACCAUUUUUGCUUUAUCAGUCCUCUACCAAAUUAGUGUAUCAUAGUUUGAUGUUUUAAAUAUACACUAAAAUUAUAAAAACUGUCAUCACUGGUUAUGUAUUCCUUAUCAGAAUCGCCUUGUAUCUUCCAUUUGAAGUGAUGAUACUUGUUCUGUAAGAUUGGAAGUGAUUAGACUGACUCUGAGUCAUCUGUUCUAAGUGUAGCUCAUGCAUGACACCCAGAUAAAAGAAUAGGGUGAGCUGGAGGUAAAUGAAAAAUGUUGCAUUCUUAGCCUCCAACUGCUGCCUAUUGCAUAGCUUCUUUCAACAAAAUUGACCUUUGUUCUCUUGAUUCAUAAGUGUGGACUCCUGCAGUUUUCAUACUUUGAUACUGCAGAGAGAACCUUGAGAGAUUUAACUCACAACCAAUAUAAUUGAAUAUAGACUUUUAGUAGUAUAGGUUUAUAGGAUGGUAACAGAGCUAAGUUAAGCUUCUAAUAAAAAUUUUCUUUGUAGAUAUAGCAGUUCUUUAAUUAAAAUACCAAGAAAGUCGAUUAGUUGCUAACUAUAUAUUGCUUUGACCAUGAAGGCUUUGACUAUAAUUAAAGGCUGCAACAUAAACCAUAGCAUCUAAUUACUGAAUCUAUUAAGUUCUAUUAAGUUCAGUGCCAAUCCCCAACUUAUGUACUGUUCUGAAAAACCUUGCAUAACUGCACACGGUUGUAUGUUCAUCUGGAUGCUGUACUACUUUGUAUUCUGUGAAAAAUUCACUUUUAUAUGCAUUAAGAAAAUGUUCAAUAAAGGUGAGUUUAUGUAAGUCAGGUUGUACAUAAUCCGGGAAAUGUUUGUAUUUUUAAAUGGCAAUUUACAGAGUGAGAUAUUGUUUUCAUCAUUUGGCUCUGCUUGUGGAUAAUAUGUAGAAAGGCACAACUGAAAUUCACAUUCUUGCUAUGGUAGUAAACAAAAAUAAACUGAACUUGCAUCUUAGAUACUUUCCCCGACCAUUAAUGAGAUAAUCAGCCUUCCAAUGGAUUUUAAAGAGUUUUAAUGAUAUGGUACAGAUAUUUAUUUUAAAAUGAAUUUGACAGAAUGGUAGCCCUUUGGAAAUGAUAAAUUAUUUCAAUAAAUCAGUCUUUGAUUUCA